UAGCCGGCUUAGCGCUUGGCCGUCCCGUCGCGGCGCAGGGCCCGGGAUUCGCGGCCUGCAGCCUCAGGGCUCAUUGGUAGCCCCCCAGCGUGCGCCACCGCUGCCCCGGCCGCGCGGCGGCGCGCGUUGCGGCCAGAGAAGACCUACAUCGCGGUAGAGGGGCAGCCCCCCCAGCGCCGACGAAAUGGCCGACGACGCCGGCGACACGCCCGGCGCGGACCCCGCCGUGACGUCCGUGCCGCCGGCGCAGACCAUGGCCGCGGCGCCGGCGCCCGCCGGCUUCGGGGAGCGGCCCGCGACGCGCGGCGACACCCCGGCAGCCAAUUCCGACGCCGCCGAUAUACCGGAUGAGGCCGAACAGCAGCUCGUCGCGGACAUGGUGAACAACCCCAUGCUCGACAAGGUCCAGAAGAUCUUGGUGGAGACUCUGUUACGAGAGCAGCAACGCACGGCCAACGAAGCUAGGGAGCUCGCGGAGAUGGCCCAGCGAGCAUCGAGGAAGCGCGAAGAUACGGGUGUGGAGUUGUAUGGUGCUCAACAACAGUUAGCAAGACUCCAACUCUCGCUGGAGCAGAUCCACGCCAAUGCCGCCGAACUCGCGGAACAGCGCGCGCACGAGGAGACGGCCGCGCAGGAGGCUAGAGCUAGACACGGCUCCCUCAACAAAGCUUUGAGUGAUAGAAGGAAGCACGUCGCCAAGAACCAGGCGGAGUUAGACGCGAUCAACGACACGCUCAGACAGGUCGAAACUUAUAAUGAGGAGAUGCAAAAAGAGAUCGCCGUCACUAAAAGAGCUACUUAUAAGGCCGAGGAGCAGGUCCAGUCCCUCGAGAAAGCUAAAGAAGGCCAGGACCUCUAUGUGAACAAGCUUGAUGAGAGGGCUCGCGUGCUCGGUGAGCGCAUCGCGGUCACGGAAGCUCGCUUAGCGAAGCAGCAGGAUGAAUCCGCCGAGGCUCGCAAACUCCUAGCGGAAACGGGCCAGGAGAUGGACUUGGUGGCCUUUGAAAAAAAACAGUUGCUGCAGCAGUGGAAAAGCUCUCUGGUGCAGCUAGCGAGACGAGAUGAGGCCUUAGCGGCGGCCCAGACACAACUAGAGGCCGCGAGAGAAGUCAUCCGAGAUGUGGAGAACGAGAUAAUAGGCACGAGGCGAGAGGAAAACAAACAAAUCACAGCCAAUCGAUCCUUGGAAGAACUCAGUGGAAAAAUAGGCUUGCAAGAGGCCCAGUGCGUCGAGGAGACCCAGAAAUACACGGCGGAAGCCGACGCCGUCGCGGCGCAGUUCGACCUGCUCCACGCGGCCAUGACCCAGGUCGACGAGGAGGAGAAGAAGAUCGCGGAGGAAGGCAAGCACACGAAGGACGGCCUCGGGCAACUCUCGGCGAACAUCCAGAUCGUGACCGUCGAGCGCCAGAAGAUCGAGCAGAAGGUGUUAUCAGCUGCGUCUGAUAGGGCAACCAUAAACAACGCGAUCGAGGCCCUCAAGAAGCCUCUGAAGGCCGUGAAGCAACGGACGCAAGACCUCGAGAUGCAGCAGGUCAUGGUCGACAACGAGCUCGCUCGAGUGAAGAUCGACGCGCUGAACACGAAGGCGCACAACGACCAACUCAAGGAAACUUUGGCAAGCUUCGACGUCAAGCUCAAGGAGCAGGAGGACCUCAUCGGCAAGUACCAGCGGGAGAUCCGGCAGAGACAUGAUGAUGUCGAGAAGAAGACGUUGCGGGUCGCGUUUCUGAACCGAAAGUUGCAGUUGCACUUGAAGGAUAUUGAUCUCGGGCCGGAGGAGGCCAUGGGUCCGCUCGAGAAUGAAAUACGGAUGCUGCGCAAGGAGACCUCAAAGAUCAAAGAAGAAUGUAGUAGAUUGCAGGGGGUCUGGCUGGCCGAUCAAACAAGAUUGGUAGAAGUUGCUCAGAGGACCGAGGCUAUCCUCGAGGAGACGGCUGAACUCAGAGCUCGCAAUCGCAUCUUGGAUGAACGGCGCAUUCGCAUCACGAAGGAAGGCACGGAGAAACGAGCGGCCGUCGCGGCUUUGCAUAAAGCUACCGCGGGCAUGCGCGCCGACACGGCUCGGUUGAAUGAGCUCAUCGGGAAGCACACGAAGCAGCAGGAAGCCUUGUCCAAUGAGACCGGGGUGUUGGAGUUAUCAUUUAGGGCGGAGUUGAAGGAGUUAGAAACAGAAAGCUUAGCCGCCGAGCAGAAGGUCCACGAGGCUCGUUCCCGGAAAAACGUCUUGCUGGAGGAGGUCAUUGACGGGGAACGCCAAGUCCUGUUGUGGGAGAAGAAGAUCGAGCUUGAGCGGGAGACGCAGGCGGCGUUGGACCCGUCCGUGGGCACCGGUGAAAUCAAGGCCAUGGAGAUCGAGAUCCACCGGAUGAAGAUGCGCCUCGAGGGUCUACAGCGCGAACAGGAGGCCAUGAUCAAGGAGAUGGAGCGGGGUAUCGCGAAAAGAGAAGCUAUCACGCUGCGAUAUAAGGGGAAAGCGCGGCCGACGGCCCUGGAACAUACGAAGCAGUCGCUCAGGGAGCACGUCAAGAAGUUGCGCGGUAAAAUUCAAGCUACAGCUAGGGAAGCCUCGCAGCUCUCAAAUGCUAUCACUAAUAAGAAACAGGAGCUGGAUACGUCUACUUCGGAGUUAGCUGAUGCUACUGCGAGAUACGGUUCGCUCGAGACGGACGCCAACGACCUCCAGCAGGCCAUCAAUCGCUUGUUGUACGAGAAGCAGCGGCGGGCCGAGUUGCAAGCGGCGAAGGAGGCGACUGUUGGAAGGUACUUGGAUCUAGAAAGAGGUACGGCCGAACUCAGAGGCCCGGAGCACGCGUCCGAGGUGGACGCGGCUCUAUCUCGGGGCGCCGAGAAUUUGGGCCGGUGCCGCGACGUCAUCGCCGCGUUAGGAAAGCGCUUCGACUACCUCGCGGAGCCGCUCGGGCGCAUCAAGCACCUGGCUGAUGAUGCCGAAGCUGGUCAGUUGGUGGCCACCUAAGUUGUUCCAAU